CAGCCCCAUUUGUAUAAUUAGUCUUAUUUAUAUAACGUAUAUAGCUCCCAGCUCCCCCCGGGCUUCCUUCGAUUUUCAAUUGCAUACUAUACAAUCUACAUACCCAUUUAACGGAUUCUUUUUUUAUAAACCAAUACCGCCAUCAUGAGCAACGCAAACCCCGGAGCUGGCUUCGAAUACCCCCCCGUCGAGGUAUCAUGGCUCCAGCGCGAUGUCCUCCUCUUCGCAACCAGUAUUGGCUGCACAGUCGAUGAGCUGCAGUUCCUCUACGAACUCCACCCCAAAUUCGCCGUCUUCCCAACCUACCCCAUCCUCCUCCCAUUCAAAACCACAACCCAAGAAGUCAUCGACUUCUACGCCUCCCAAGCCCAGACCCCCAUCCCCGGCAUCCCCAAAAUGGAUUCCCGCCGCGUCCUCGACGGCCAGCGCUCCAUGAGCUUCCUCAAGCCCCUCCCUCCCACCUCCGCCGGCAAGAAGUUCGAGAUCCGCACUAAAGUCCUCGGCGUCUACGACAAAGGCAAGGCCGGCACCGUCGUGGAGACACAGCAGGACCUCGUUGAUGCCGGGACGGGAGAGUCGUAUACGAGAGCCGUUGGGUCGGGAUUCUACGUCGGACAAGGCAACUGGGGCGGCCCCAAGGGUCCAGCGACCGUCAACUUCCCACCUCCAGACCGCGCCCCAGACGCAGUCCUCGAGCACCAAACCACCGCCGAAUCCGCACACCUCUACCGCCUAAACGGCGAUUACAACCCCCUCCACGCGACCCCCGAGCCGGGGAAGCAGAUGGGUUUCGGCGGGGCCAUCAUGCACGGCUUGUCGAGCUGGAACUUCACCGCGCGCGAUAUCCUGAGGCAGUUUGGGGGGAGCCAGCCGGAGAAUCUGAGGGAGUUCCAGGCGAGGUUCGCGAGCCCGGUUAAGCCGGGGGAUAAGCUUGUGACGAAGGCGUGGAGGGUGGGAGGGGGGAAGGAUGGGUUUGAGGAGAUUAGGUUUGUGACGCAGGUGGAGGGGGGGAAGGUGUGUUUGAGUAAUGGGAGGGCGUUGGUGAGGAUUGUGGAGGGGAAGGCUGGGAGCAAGUUGUAA